UCUUUUCUUUUUUUUUCUUUUUUUUUUGCAAAUGGCAAGUCCGGUUGCAGAUGGCGGACGGUCUCAUGAGCAUCCCUCCCUCUGCGGGCCGGCGGCGGACUCCGCGUUUCUGGAGGCUCAGAAAUGGAUCGAGGCUGUGACGGGGCGAUGCUUCGGUGACAGAGACUUCCGAGGCGGGCUGGAGAAUGGAAUACUUUUAUGCGAAUUGCUGAGCUCAAUCAAACCCGGAUUGGUGAAGAAAAUCAACAGACUUCCAACUCCCAUCGCUGGCCUGGACAACCUGAGUGUGUUUCUGCGUGGUUGUGAGGAGCUGGGACUGAAGGGAUCACAGCUGUUUGACCCCGGAGACCUUCAGGACGCAUCGACACGUCCCAACACCAAGGUCACUGAUUGCAGCCGAAAGCUCAAGAAUGUACUGAUCACCAUCUACUGGCUGGGUCGUGCUGCCAACAGCUGUACCUCCUACAACGGGCCCACGCUGGACCUGAAAGAGUUUGAGGGCCUGCUGUCACAGAUGCAAAAGGAGGCGGAGGAGGCGGAGAGCCCUAAACGCAGCAUCCGGGACAGCGGUUACAUCGACUGUUGGGAGUCGGAGCGCAGCGACUCUCUCUCCCCGCCGCACCACGGCCGAGAGGACUCCUUCGACAGCCUGGACUCCUUCGGUUCUCGUUCACGACAGACCCCCUCGCCGGAUGUCCUGGUCGCCCGCGGCAGCAGCGAUGGCCGCGGCAGCGACUCUGAGUCCGACGCACCCCCAUACCGGAAGCUGCCAGAUGUCCAUAAGGACGACAUGCUGGCACGGCGGACCUCCGUCAGCGAGCCGCGAGCCGCCAUGCCGUUCAACCAGUACUUGCCAAACAAGAGCAACCAGAGCGGCUACGUGCCCAUGCCACUCCGCAAGAAGAGGAGCGACAAGGAGGAUGGAGGGCGCAAGAGCUGGAGUACAGCCACGUCACCUAUAGGGCGAGACAGACCUUUCAGCAGUAUUCCGGCUCGCUCGAGCUCCGUAGAGCUCUUCCAUCGACCGUCAACCCUCUCGACGAGUGCCGCAACGACCCCGACGGCUGGCGCGAGUCCUCUCAGCCCUGCCGCGGGAAUGUCGCAGAAGCUGGACGAUGAGGGUGCUGCACUGAGGAAGGGAGGCGCCGGCAACAUGUCAUCAACGUCAGGCGCUGACAGAGAUGAUACCCGGGCCCGCCGAGCCCUGACCUCACCCAGACGCUCAACCGCCACCACCGACGCCGUCGCCCCCAGUCCCACCCACUUCCUUCCUGUGCCUGCUGCCGCAGUGUCCGGCGCAGGCUGCCGUGGAAAGUCGGCAAGCGAUGACACGGGCCGACAGAUGGCGGCAGGGAUGAGUGACAACCGUGAUGUGCGGAGACGGCAGUCUGGAUUGGAUGAUGAUCAUCUGGCAAUAUACAGCCACACAGCUCAUGUGUCAGACCAACCACAGAGUGUGAGCAUGAUUGACAUGCGUGGGGAGGAGGAGGCGGGCCUUCAGCCCCACAGUCAGGUGCGUCAUGAGCUGAUGCACAACCAGUACAACAGGAUGAGGGAGGAGGACAACCACUGGCAGGACGACCUGGCGCGGUGGAAGAAUCGGAGGAGGAGUGUGUCCCAGGACCUGAUCAAGAAGGAGGAGGAGCGGAAAAUGAUGGAGCGCCUGAUGACGGGAGACGGCUGCACCUCCUCCAGAAGAAAGAGCAUCAAGACAUACAGAGAGAUCGUGGAGGAGAAGGAACGCCGUGAGGAGGAGUUGCGGGACGCCUACAGAAACGCCCGGUCGGCAGAUGAGGCGUCCGCCGUGCUGCAGUCCUAUGCCCAGCGUUUCUCCAUCAGCGAGGCGGUGCUCGAGCGCCUGCAGCUCCCUAGACUGCUGGACCGCAGCAUGUCUUCCGACCCCACCUUCCCCCCCUCCCUCUCCUCCUCCUCUCCCUCACACCUCGCCCUUUCCACCUCCGCCUCCCCGUCCGCUGCAGAACCCCUGGCCAUGGACCCCGACGGGCCUCUGAGGUACCUGCGCCAGCAGUCCGCUCCCGUCCCCAGGUUCACGUCCACGGUGGAGGCGCGGGUGGAGGAUUUCGCUGCCUCCCCCUCCCCCUCCUCCUCUCAGCAACACCAGCCACAGAUCCGCUCGCGCUCAUCCGAGCCGCCGACAGCCCGGGCCCUGUCACCUAAACCGGUGCCUUUGCUGACACCCAAGCCUUAUGUCCAGUCCCAGACCGGCAAGGCAGACAGCUUGCUGCGAGUCAACGGCGAGGUGCAGAGUAAUGACAUCUCCGCCUCCCCUGAGAGUCGAGACGGGGCAUCUCCUCCCCACCGCCAAGCCUCCCCAUCAAAGCCCCUCCCCGCUGCCGCCAAUGACGCAAACGAGCCCCUGUCUACAGACUCACCGGCGCACAGCACGCACAACUCCCCCGUGGGCCGCACACUGUCGUCGGCGACUGAGCGAGCUGCGGAAACCAAAUCUGAAGAUGCCAAAGAAGAGAGCGCCCCUCCAACCCGGCCCACCUCGCUCCCGACGGAGCUGCAGAGAGGAGGCGAAGGCCCGUCUGUCAUCCAUCCGAAGGAGGAGGAGGAGGAGGAGGCCGAGACUGCAGCCCUGCAAACUCCUCCUGCAGAGCCCCGAUACGCCCCUCAGGGGCAGGUUGAACCGACUACACCAAAUCUCCCCUUAGCGAAGCUUGACCAAUCAGAGGCCGUCCCUCAGCAAGGUCAACCAAAGACGCCGCAGGUCGUCAGCGGGAGUAGGCAGGAGGAGUGGUCGCAGAGUAAAGACAGCGGGCCGGUCUCAUCUGAUCCAGAAUCACUUGGCUCCGACAUGCUGUGUCAGACAGCGACAGGCGAGGCGGAGAAGGACCACCAAGGAAACGUGUCAGAACCGGUGUUGCCCCAGGCCAAGCGGGCUGACCGCUGGUCUUGGGACCCGGACGAGGAGCGAAAGCGUCAGCAGAGGUGGCAGCAAGAGCAGGAGCGCAUGCUGCAGGAGAAGUACCAUCGCGAGCAGGCGAAGCUGAAGGAGGAGUGGGAGAGAGCCCAGAAGGAGGUGGCAGAGGAGGAGAGGAAAUACCAUGAGGAGGAGCGUCGGAUCCUGGAGGAGACGGUGACUCCCCUCACGCCGCACUCCCCCUUCCCGCCCUCCCCGCUCAGAGGAGAGCUCUCCUCCUCCACUGAGGCUGCAGCCCCGCUGGUCCUAUCGCUGGCCGACUGGGAGCGCAAACAGGAGCUACUGGAGAGGCAGUCGAGAGGCAGCACAGAAAGUGUGGAGUGGAAACGGAGGGAAGCGGACCGAACCAGUGACAUCAGUACCGCGGACGACAGCAUGAAGACGGGCAGGAGCGUGCUGAGUCAGCCCAGCAGCCAGGCGGAGACGCCCUGCCAGGCUCUACAGAACGGUCAGCAAGUCCUUUUGGCCACGGCCAAAACACAGACCCCACCCCAAACACAAGCCCCGCCCAAAACACAGGCCACGCCUCCAGCCAAGGCUCCUGCAAAGAAACAACAAGAGCUCUCGCUGGACUGCACCAAACCCAGCCGGCCAGCAGGAGACCGGAGAUGCGGUCCCAUUGACAAUAAGAUCGGCCCAUCUAAACCCCUCUCACCCUGCCCCACCACCAGACACCACCGCCGCCCACGCCCAACAGAUUUCCCACCGGUUCCCUCCAUGAUGAAAUAUGACCAGAAUGGCGUCCCCGGCCGUUUCUGA